AUUUAUUGAGUGAAGUUCGCUUAAACAUUGACAAUAAAACCUGGAUAGUUUCCUCAUUAGCCUGGGUUUAACUAGCGUGUCGGUAACUUAUUUCUUAUCUUAGUUAUGUGGCCUAAGGAACAUAGCAAACAACAGUGUAUUAUUAGUUUGUUUGCAAUUUAAAAUUGCGGUAGACGCUAACUUAAACAGUACGCACAUAUUGUAAGCUUAACAAUAUCAUAGUGUAAAUAUUUUCAGUGAUUAUAACAAAUUUUUUACAGUGAUUCUGGAGACUCGUGAGUGACUGACCUUAGUGAAAAUUUCAUGCAACUUUAGUGUUUCAAUUAAGGUUUCAUGUUACAGAAUACCCAUUAUCCUUUUUGGGACGAACCCAUCCACAAAAGUAUAUUAAUGUCAUUGUAAAAGCCACUGACAAUAAUAAAUUAAUUGAUGGUUUUGGACUUGCAGUUAUUAAAAUAGAAUUAGCGGUUGAUGGACUUUUAGUUGUAAAAUGUGUGUCGGACAAUAGAUAGGUUACAUGACUUGUGUGCAGUGGGUGAACUACCAGUUAAAUUGAUACAGGUACUGCAGUUUCAGCAAAAAUGGAAUCUGCCAGGCGAAAAUCCACUUUUCCUGGAUCAUUGACUGAUUUGCAUCGAUUCAGGAAAACCGCUCAUGGUCAUGAUGGGUCGAGCAGAAUCGUCAUGGUACGAAAAACUGAUCAACGAACAUUUGCCUCCAUGAAAAAUGGAGAGGAACCAACAUUGGAAACGGUUACAAGAGAAACAAUCGAAACGUUCCGAGGGCAAAGAACUGAAUGUAAAGUCACUACUGAGAAAAAGGAUUUCGAGCACAAGUGCCACCCUGAUAUCGCCAGAGCACUUGCAGAAAAAAUCACAAGAAGCCCCAAUAAGCCAACGAGUAUCAAGAAACCGCUCCAUCGGAAAAUGGACUUUCAAACUGAAUGUCUGCAAGCCCACAAUGAAUAUCGCAGGAAGCAUGGAGUCCCACCUUUAAAGUUGGAUAAGGAGAUUUGCAAGUUUAGCCAGCAAUGGGCCGACCAUCUGAUCAGGAAAGGAGCUUUAGUGCAUAGCAAUAAUCGGGACUAUGGCGAGAAUAUUUUUAUGAUGCAAUCGUCGAAUCCCAAUUUCACAGUAUCUGGGAGAAAAGCUGUGGAAAGUUGGUAUGAUGAGAUAAAGCUGCAUAAGUUUGGCAUGGAGCCCCAAAGUCUGGCUUCUGGACAUUUCACCCAAGUCAUAUGGAAGGAGUCUAAGCAGCUAGGCGUGGCUUUUGCAAAAAUGGGAGGAAAAGUGGUUGUAGUUGCGAAUUAUUAUCCACCUGGAAAUAUGAUUGGGAGUUUUGACGAAAACGUUCCACCACCUGGAGGACUGUCCCCCAGCUACAACAACAACAACAAUAACACUAUAGAAUUACCAACUCAACUCGGUCGCUUAUCUCUCAGCUCUAAAAGCUCCACUCGAGAUCUGCGCUCAGUGACCGAAGGAGACUUUGAGGACGACUUUCUCAACGCGCACAACAAAUAUCGAAAAAGACACGGUGUUCCCCCAUUGAAAUUGGACAAAAGCCUUUGCAAAUACGCCGAAGAAUGGGCGAAGCAUCUGGCUUCGAAAAAUAUUCUGGAACAUCGACCUGAAAGCAACUAUGGGGAGAAUAUUUACUGCCUCUAUACAUCAGAUCCAAGCUUCAGAGUCAAUGGAAACACACCAGUAGAUAAUUGGUACGAGGAAAUCAAAGAUCACCCAUUCAGUCGUGAACCAAGUACUUUGAAAUCCGGUCAUUUCACGCAAGUGAUCUGGAAAUCCAGCGAAUCUCUUGGUGUGGGUGUUGCAAAAUCAAGCCAAGGUAGCAUCUACGUGGUUGCUAACUAUUCCCCUGCCGGAAAUUUUGUGGGACACUAUGUAGAAAACUGUCCUCCCCUCAAACCUACAUUUUACGAUUCAAUUCCGGAUAUGGCGCAAAACGCAGCUCAAGCCGCUUCAGAUCCAAAGCAGAAAAACGAUGAACUUGAUAUUAGAAGUUUUGCUAAAGAUGCUCUUCAAGUUCAUAACGAAUAUAGACGAAAACAUGGGGUUCCACAGUUGGUGCUAAACUAUGAAAUCUCCAAAUAUGCACAAGAGUGGGCUGAAACGUGUGCACGCACUACCAGCCUACAACAUCGAGCAAACAACCAAUAUGGAGAAAACAUAUUCUCAAUGUACUCUUCGGAUUAUAGUUAUGUACCAACUGCUCGCGAUGCUGUGAAAGAAUGGUACGAUGAAAUCAAAAAGCACUCAUACAACAGAUCGAGAGUUCCUCAAGAAAGUUUACACUUUACCCAAAUUAUCUGGAAAGACAGCAAAGAGUUGGGAGUGGGAAUUGCGAAAAAUGCAAAGGGUCAAACUUAUGUUGUGUGCAAUUAUCAUCCGAAAGGCAAUUACGUGGGGCAAUUUGAUGAAAAUGUACCUAAACCUUUGCCUUGACGAGCUUUUCGUAAACCAAAGAAUGUGAGUUUUCUAUUGGCACACGCAACCCUCUAGCACAUGAUUCUUGAAUUACUUUUAAUUAAAUUAAUACAUUCCAGUUUUGAUGCCAAAGAACUGUUUAUGGUGCCUAUUUGAAUCGAUUAAUAGGAAUUGUUGUAACUAAACUGCGAUAUAUCAUAAGAAAUCGGUUGUUACUCAAUAAGAUCGAAAUCAAUGCAAGCAUAGUAAAUUCACUAUCAUAUCUUUUUGAUACCCAAGUAUCAAUGUUUAGUCCUUGAGACUGAAGAUUCAUAUCCACUUUGAAGCGUUAAAGAUUGUGUACGAAAAGCUAAAGCCGUCCUUUUAAACAAAUAAUAUCACCCUUGUACAAACAUUAUGUGAAAUAUACACAAUUUUCAAUCAUUUCCGACAAAUGCAAUCAGUAUUUCAUUUAGUGGUAACAAUAUCUUCUAAAGGCUGCUCCAUUGGCAAAAUCUCCAUCAGUCUAAUUAUUUUAUAUCAAUUAAUCAACGAUAUAAAGACAUUUUGCCUGUGGAAUAGCCAUAAUAAACUGUUCUAGCAAUUGUGGCAUUUGAGAAAAUAUUUACCUAGGUAAUGAAUAUUAGUGAUAUAGAUACACUUAAAUCAUUUACAUUCCUGUCCAGUAUUUAGAAAUUGAAGACUGUUGAAAAAUGUUAUAACAUAGGAAAUAGCAAAAUAUGUCAAUAAAUUAGAUCAUUCCACGUACAUAUUUUAGAUAAACUUAAUCAUUUUGUACCUUUACACUGUUUCAAGUUUGCAUUUUUCGAAUAGUGAUAUAUUUAUGCAUUGUAGCGUUAAUAAUACUAUUAAAAUAAAGUUGUUAUUCAAG